CCGCGCAGAACAAAAUCGGGAAACAAGGUCAGAAGAAAUCCGGUUGGGGUUAUUGUGUACCGCCGUUUAUGUACGGCCCCUUCAAAGUUUGGCACUUUUUGAACUUUUGAGUCCACUUUCUUUUCUUUUAAUUCUCCUCUUUUUAAAGACUCACGCCAUAUGUAAUUAGAAUUUUCUUUGUUUUUAAUUUCUUUCAAUUAAUUAAGCCGUAGAUAUAUGUAGACAUAAUAUGCCGCCAAAAAAUCAGCCUCCAAAAAAUAAAAAGGCGGAUGAGAAAAAGAAGCAAGAAGUAUUAAAGGAUCGUACAUUUGGAUUAAAGAAUAAAAAAUUGAGGGCACAAAUUGAAAAGAAUAUACUUGGUGGUUCUUCAACACAACAUCAACAAAAAAAGAAAAAUGAAGAUGAUGACUUAAAAGAUAUGAGCAAAAUUUUCAAGCCAGUCGCAAAAACUUCAACACAACAAAAUGUAAGCGCCGAUGUUGAUCCAAAAUCGGUUCUUUGUGUUUUCUUCAAGCAAGGAAUGUGCACUAAAGGAAAUAAAUGCAAAUUCAGUCACGAUUUGUCAAUUCAACAAAAAACUGCAAAAAAGAAUUUGUAUGUAGACAGUCGAUCAUUACCGAAUGAAGAGGAAACCAAUGAAAAUUGGGACGAGAAGACUCUUGAAGAUGUUGCUGAAAAGAAACAUGGGGAAAAGGACAGAAAAAGGCCAAACCAAACAGAUAUUGUGUGUAAAUAUUUUUUGGAAGCUGUGGAGAAUUCUAAAUAUGGAUGGUUUUGGGAAUGUCCUAAUGGUGAUGGAUGCAUGCCCUUCCAAAAGGUUAUGUACUCAAAAAAGAUAGGAAAAAGAUGGAAGAACAGACAAGACUUUCGAAAAUUUCCUUGGAGGAAUUCAUUGAAAAAGAGAGACAACAACAAUUGCAAAGUGAACGUGAAAAACUUGCGAGUUUCAAAAACUGGUCUUUCUGGCAAAGAUUUGUUUACAUUCAAUCCUGAUUUCAUUGCUGAAAUUGAAGAAAAUUUGGGCCGUGAGGAAAGUGUGGAAGAUGGAAGUGUUGCUCAAUAUGAACGUGAACCAAGCGAGGAUGGAGAGAUUGAUCAAAUUAAAGCGUUCGAAAUUGGUGAUAAUACUUUUCAAGCAGUGGAUGCUUUUGGACAUAUUAUUGAAAUGGAUGAUGAAAAAGAUGAAAGUGGACCUUCUAAAGUUAUUGUUUUUGACAAGGAACUAUUUAAUGAUGAACAAUUGCCGUGUAGUGAUUCUUCUGAUGAUGAGGAGGAAGAAAAUAAAAGGAAUGGGACAAAUAAAAAUGAUGAAGAACAAACUUUAAGUGAAAGGCUCAAUAAAAUUUAAAUUUUCUAUUUAUGUUUUUUGUGUUUAAAAAAUGUUGACCUUUUUGUCUUUUCUGUUAUGCAAUAGUUGCUAUCUAGCAAUAUAUUUAAUUAUUUUUUAUUUUGUUAUUUAUAAAUUACAACGUGGCUUUCAAAAAUGAAGUCCGCUUUGUUUUUAUAAUUUGUAAACAUUGUUCGGCGAAUUUUUAAGUUUGGGGUUUCCUUGGUGCCAAAAUGGACCGAUUCUGACCGACAGAUUAAGUUUGGCUUAGGAUAUUUGGUCCGUAAAAGACUCGUUCCGUUAAAAGCAAGCCCGGAAGAAUGCCUCGACUGACUGCCCGACUCGAAAAUGGCAACCAUACCCACAAUAAAAUGAACCAGUUUUUUCAUCACGUAUAAACAUCGAUUAGCAC